AUGCGUUACAUCGCCCCAGCACUUCUUGUGGCUGCACCCCUUGUUGCAGCCACUGCUUCUAGCAAGCGUGGUCUCUGCGUUGUGUCCACCGAGACCUCGCAAGACGACACCAUCUGGACAAACGACACCGACCUGACAUGGUAUUACAACUAUGCCGCUGUUCCUACACCCGACUACAAUAACAAGCUCAACUUCGUCCCUAUGUUGUGGGGAGCACCCGAGGACCCGGCGAAUGACAUGAGCUUCUACAACACUGUCAGCAACUUGAUCCAAGAAGGACAGAACAUCACAUAUGUGCUUGGAUUCAACGAACCCGACGGCUGUAGCAGUGGCGGUUCUUGCGUCAGUGCUGCCACGGCCGCUCAGGUCUGGAAGAAGCAGUUUGAGCCUCUGAAGCGCGAUUUUGGCGUCAAGCUUGGUGCUCCUGCAGUCACUGGUGCACCUAAUGGAUUCAACUGGCUUGCGAACUGGUUCUCCGAAUGUGCUGCCAUUGAAGCUAGCUCUGGCGGUUCUUCCAACACCACUUCUUGCGAGGUUGACUUUAUCCCUGCUCAUUGGUACGGCAACUUUGGUGGUCUGGCUGAUCACUUGGGUCAGAUCAACAUUACCUACCAGAACAUCAGUGCCAUCUGGGUCACCGAAUUCGCAUGCGCCGAUUGCUCUCUGGAGGACAGCCAGACAUUUGCCAACCAGAGCCUCGAAUACCUUGACCGCAUUCCCUACAUGCAAAAGUACUCUUACUUUGGUGCUUUCCGUUCGUCCGUCUCUAACAAGGGCAAGCUUACCGACAUUGGUGCUCUCUACCUUAAUAAGGCUGCUACUGGUGCCAUUCCCCACGGCUCUGCCAGCACUGUUGCCAAGUUCGCUGGUUGGGGUGGUCUCGUUGGUGCCGCUGUUCUCUGGAGCAUUCUAUAA